AUGACGUCGACCCGGCACGUCUCGCGGUGGCGGCUAUGCCGUCCACCCCUGGAGCCCAGAAACUCUGAAACUUCCACUACCUCUUCCUCAUACACCGCCGAAACUAUUGCAACAGUUUCACCCUCUACGCCUCCUGUGUCGCUGCGCUAUCUCAACGAGUUCGUUGGCAAAUUGCACUGCGCCCCUGCUCUACUGCAGCACGGCUUAUUCCCGGACGCGAAGGAGGUGACAGAGAGCAUGGCGCUGUUCAAUGCCGUUCGACGAUACAUUGAGCCCAAGAACAAAGGAGAAAGUUUGAAGGAGAACGGCAAGCACGAUGGAAUCGUCGUGGUUGGAGAUGGCAAUACUCUGCGUACCGCUGCCAUGUUUGCAUUCCGGAUGCGAGGAUGGAAGUGCUAUAGUGUGGAUCCAGCGAUGGAAAAGGGAUCAAAUGAACGUUCAAAGGGCUGGGCGGAUGUUUCCAACUUGGUCACUGUGCGUAAUAAAAUUGAGAAUGUGCGGAUUUCAUUAAGGCGAGCGAUUGUGGUGUUGGUACACGCGCAUGUGACGCUGGACCAGGCUCUGAGCGCUGUACAGGCAGAGCAGGUGUGUGGUGUGGUCACUCUGCCGUGCUGCAACUGGUACGGCCAGCAAGAAAUACUCUUUGGACGUGGUCCAGACCUCGUGUACGACGACUUCAGUGUGCUAUCCGAUCAUCGCGAGAUCCGUUUGUGGGUUGGCGAUAACUCAACACCGGAAGGUGGAAACUUGAACGUCUCUCACGCUGAUUUUUCGUUGGCUUCGAGUGUUAUGAAGGGUUGUGUCCGCAAGGAGCUCGUGGAAAUGAGCGAGGCUGCAUCUGGAUCCACAGAUGUCGAGAAACAAUCAGAUGACGUGAAAAAUCGUGAUGGAGUGCUCGAUUUUAUUGGCGAUACACUGAAAGAACUUGAUCGCGAUGUUUCUUCGAUGAGCCAGGAAGAGUUGAUGGCUGAGGAACAGACCAUCGGUAGCAGUUUGUCAUCCGCUGUUGCGUCUCAUCUUGACGUGGAUACUCACGUACUGGCACUUGGCUGGCAUCCUCACCGCUUAGCCGUACGGUUAUUGCUGCGCGAUGGGUACAAAAAUGUCUACACCGUUUCGUUAACUGACGAGCUAUCGCUCAGUAUUAACGAUGAACGAGGCACCAAGAAUCUGAAACUGCAGCUCCACAAGUGUACUGUCGACCUGGAUACCGAACGUGAAGAUGAGAGCGUUGUAUUUGAGCCUUGUGGAUACUUCACUCUCCAAUCCUCCUUCGCUUUGUAUUCUAGCGAAGAAGAGGAAAAGAUCACCGUAUCGUUCGAUAAUGAUGGGCACCCAGCUCCCCCACUAGCUUGCGUUUUAGACGCAGGCUUCAUCUUCCGAGGUUUCCGUGGUCGUGCCAAGAAAAAACCGUCAUUCUUCCGUCAUGUGUGCCGCACUCUAGACCAGUUUUUACGUCCUGAAUCCAGCAUCCGAAAUGCUUCUCUUAUUUGCCUUACGCCGCGCAAACAAUGGCGUAAGAAGGAGUUCUUAGCGCACGUCGAUCUGGGGUACGAUGUGCAGUCUUUCAUCGCUACAAGGAAGCAGUUGCAAGCAUCUCCUGUCUACGUCUACUGUUGCUACAAGCUCCAAGAAAUGGCCACUGUACAGCCCACUGGUGUUGGCGCUAAAGACAGCACCAUGGCCGCUCGUGACGAUGCAUUAGAGACCUGGUUAGAGCUGGAGAAGGAACUUAAAGCUCGACAAUCCGAACUUGAUGGCAAUCUCGUAAUUAUUGACAGUCCUGAGGCUCGCGUGAAAGCCGCACAAGAUCAAGAGCUGGCAGCGCGAGAUACUACAACUGAGCCGAGAAAAGUGUACGUACAAGUUGUGGGUGAAAUCACCCGUGUUCGUCGGUUUAGUAAUGGUAUGGCCUUCCUUUCGUUGGAGCUAGCUGGAAGUGGAUACGGCAGGCCACUGCAGGUUUUCUUACAGCGUGAUACGCUGAAUUGGUCUCCAGAAACGUUUACAAAGUUCAUGACUUUACUUCGAAAGGGAGACGAGUUGCUUGCGGUUGGAUUCAUGGCUCGCAAUGCCCGUGGACACUCCAUGCUGCAAGUGGAAGCGCUGUCUUUGGCCCGUACAGGAGAGCGAUCAAGUGUUUCUGUUGUGAUCAACAGCCACCCCCAAAGAGACGGAGCCUUAUGA